AUGCAGGACUUACUCGAAGAAUUCGACCCACUCUCCAUCAACAAACACACCCAGAUCGGAAUCAUCACUACCAAGAACCACCCGAGCAGCGCUCUCAAGUCCAACUACGCCCACCAGGCCCAGACUAACAUCAGAAGACCAUCAGCAAGCUCAAACUCAAACCCGCUCUUCUCCUCAGCAGCAACAACCACUGCCGCCCCAAGCGACCAGAGCAACCCCUCCAUCAUCGGGAAAAUCAAACCACAGGCCGAUCACCUCUCGUCCACCGACCUCGAUCCACUCGGAUUCCUAGCUGACAGCCAAUCAACAGCUGCAUCUCCAAACACUCAGAAAUCAUUGCUCAUAGACGCUCAGAUUCGCUCAAAGUUCAGGCAGGAUGCACUCGCAAAACACCUGGCCCACGAGCCCUUCCGGCCUCAAUCUCCAUCCCUCCAACCUCCUCCACUCUCCACUCAGCCAAACUCAACCAGCAAUCCUUACCAGAAACCGCUGAUCACUCUCUCCAAGUUGGACCAAGAACCUAUGACCUGCUUCAUCGAUCCCACCACUGCCCUCUCUCCCAACGACGCUGCUGCCCUCAGCUCCCCUCCUGCAGACCAUUCUGUCACCAAAAACUCACCAUCCAAUAAUGCGAACACAAACUCGAUCAAAAUCCCGUCCCAAAUCUUCCAGAACCAAGCCAACAAAUCAAGAACAUCAAAGAACGAGAGUCCUAGUCCCAAGAGCACUACUACCAAACCUCUUUCCCUCUCAGGCCAUCCAGAGAGCAGCACCAAUAACGCUAGGGCCGAGCCCCGGAUGACUAAAGCGGUUGACCAACACAAGUUAGCGGCCGCUUUGCUCGAAGACUUCGACGAGUUUGUCUCCGCGAGCGGGCCGGGGUCGGCACCAUCAUCUUCCAAGAAAGAGGCUCCGAUCGAUCAACACACUCCUCGAGAGUUCCAAACUUUCAAAACUCGCGCCUCCCCCUCUCCCGCCAUCAAAGCUCACAACAGUGGCCAUUCCACUCCACUCUCUUUCUUUGAAGGCCACGAAGGCCGGCCUAGUCCCAUCCAAUUCGUCGGCGCUGACUCGCAAUCCCAACUGGUCAUGGAUGACGAAUUGGCUGAAGGAAUCAGGUUGCAUUUGCCGUCUCGAUUGAAGAUCCCAUCGACAUGGAGAUUGAUGUAUUCGAUCGACCAACACGGGACCUCGUUAGGCACGCUGUACGAGAAAGUGCGUUCGAUCUCGUCGAUGAGCGGGACGACCGCCGGCUGCAUCUUAGCAUUGAAAGACCAAGACGGGAACCGGUUUGGGGCAUUCGUCAACGAGGCUUUCAAGCCUUCUAAAGAGUACUAUGGGACCGGCGAAUGCUUCUUGUGGAAGGCUGUCAUGUUCGAGCCUGGCGAUUUUCGGAUCGGCGUCACCGUGAAAGUCUAUCUUUGGACUGGUGCCAACGACUACAUGAUCCUGAGCGACCACGACCUUCUGAGCAUUGGUGGAGGGGAUGGCAAGUUUGGUUUAUGGAUCGAUUCGAAUUUGGACAAAGGCGCGUCGAGCAGUUGUCCGGCGUUUAACAACGAAGUCCUUUGUUCGAUCACCAACAAGCAUCCGACCGACCGUACCCAAGACGACGGCACCUUUGAAGUGAUCGCCCUGGAGUGUUGGACCGUCUGCGUCUCAUAA